AGCGGAGGCCGGCUCGCUCCGCGCUCCCUUUGCGGGCCGCGGAGAACCGGGCUGGCGCUGGUGUGCGGCGCCCAGCGGCGGAGCGCGCCCGGGGCAGCCGCGCUUUUCCCGAAAAUAGACCUUGUGUGUAGUCAACUACGUUGGUGUCUAAGGCAACCAAAUCUUCAGUGGAAGGCUUUGAAUGAAGAUUCAAGAAGCCACUUUAGUUGAUUCAAAAUGGGAACGACUAGUGAUGAGAUGGUGUCUGUGGAACAGACUUCCUCCUCCUCUUCCUCCUUCAAUCCUCUGUGUUUUGAAUGUGGGCAGCAACACUGGACAAAAGAAAACCACUUAUACAAUUAUCAGAAUGAAGUGGAUGAUGACCUGGUCUGCCAUAUUUGCCUUCAGCCUCUGCUGCAGCCACUUGAUACCCCCUGCGGACACACGUUCUGCUCCAAGUGCCUCCGAAACUUCUUACAAGAGAAAGAUUUUUGUCCGCUAGACCGGAAGAGACUUCACUUUAAGUUGUGUAAGAAGUCUAGUAUUCUAGUUCAUAAACUCCUGGACAAAUUAUUAGUAUUAUGUCCAUUUUCUUCUGUGUGCCAAGAUGUCAUGCAACGCUGUGAUCUGGAAGCCCAUCUUAAAAACAGAUGUCCUGGAGCUUCUCAUAGGAGAGUUGCCCUAGAGAAAAGGAAAACUAGUAAAACUCACACAGAGCUUGAGACUGAAAAUGGACCUGCACUAAUAGAUAUUCCAAGUACUUUAGCACCCGAAACAGACUGUUUGGGGCCAGGCAGAGUGCCUGCUGAAGGGACCUUGACCUCGGCCUCUCUUCCCUCCUGGACCGAGGAACCUGGCCUAGACAACCCAGCCUUCGAGGAGACUGCUGCAGCCGACUCCACACAACAGCCACUUAGUUUACCAGAAGGUGAAAUCACCACAAUUGAAAUUCACCGGUCUAAUCCUUAUAUUCAGUUAGGAAUCAGCAUUGUGGGUGGCAAUGAAACGCCACUGAUUAACAUUGUUAUUCAGGAAGUCUAUCGGGAUGGAAUAAUCGCCAGAGAUGGAAGACUCCUUGCUGGAGACCAGAUUCUUCAGGUCAACAACUAUAAUAUCAGCAAUGUGUCUCAUAACUAUGCCAGAGCUGUGCUUUCUCAGCCCUGCAGCACACUGCAUCUCACGGUGCUUCGAGAGAGACGCUUUGGCAACCGGGCUUACAACCAUCCUGAUAGUAACUCUCCACGAGAAGACAUCUUCCAUGUGGUUCUCCAUAAACGAGACUCUGGUGAACAGCUGGGCAUCAAACUUGUACGAAGGACAGACGAGCCGGGUGUCUUUAUUCUUGACCUGUUGGAAGGGGGGCUGGCAGCCCAGGAUGGGCGGCUCAGCAGCAAUGACCGGGUGCUUGCUAUCAAUGGGCAUGACUUGAAGCAUGGCACCCCGGAGCUUGCAGCCCAGAUAAUUCAGGCUAGUGGAGAAAGAGUAAAUUUAACAAUUGCUCGACCAGGGAAAUCCCAAGCUGGUAAUAGUAACCGAGAAGCAGGAACUCCAAGCAGUAGCCAACACCACACUCAGCCUCUAUAUCCCAGCAGACCCAGCUCACAUAAAGAUCUUACCCAGUGUGUAACAUGUCAAGAAAAACACAUAACUGUCAAGAAGGAACCACACGAAUCCCUGGGUAUGACUGUCGCUGGUGGCAGAGGAAGUAAGAGUGGCGAGCUGCCCAUCUUUGUGACGAGUGUCCCGCCUCAUGGCUGCCUUGCGCGUGACGGCAGAAUCAAGAGAGGUGAUGUGUUACUGAAUAUCAAUGGCAUUGACCUGACCAACCUGAGCCACAGUGAAGCCGUAGCUAUGCUGAAAGCCAGUGCUGCAUCCCCCUCUGUUGCCCUGAAAGCGCUGGAGGUCCAGAUUGUGGAGGAGGUGACCCAGGCCACAGAAGAGCAGCCAAGUGCUCUGAGCGAGAACGAGUAUGAUGCCAGCUGGUCCCCAUCGUGGGUCAUGUGGCUGGGCCUCCCAAGUGCCCUGCAUAGCUGCCAUGAUAUAGUUUUACGAAGAAGCUACUUGGGAAGUUGGGGCUUUAGUAUUGUUGGUGGCUAUGAAGAGAACCACACCAAUCAGCCUUUCUUCAUUAAAACCAUUGUCUUGGGAACUCCUGCUUAUUAUGAUGGACGAUUAAAGUGUGGUGACAUGAUCGUGGCUGUGAACGGCCUAUCCACCGUGGGUAUGAGCCAUUCUGCGUUGGUUCCUAUGUUGAAGGAGCAGAGGAACAAAGUCACUCUCACUGUCAUUUGCUGGCCAGGCAGCCUUGUGUAGUUUUUAAAGAUUGACUUUGGGUCAAAUAUCUUCCCUUUUGAGGGUUUUGGAAUGAAAACCCUAUAGUUGAUUGUGUUUCCGGUUGUCAGGAGCUACUCACAGAGCUGGGCAAGUACUAACACCACAGGACCAAAACCCACUGAGAUUGUCCUUCUCUUUUUAUUUCAAUGAUUUUCCUCAAGUUAGCCACAUUUCUUUCAACUUGAAGCAGUUCAGCUUGAAUCUCCCACUAACUCUUGCGAGUUCAUCCUCUCGGAAUUGGAUGCCCAGCUGUCCGAGUGGACCUGCGAUCAUGAGUGGACCUUUACCACCAGUGACCAGCAGUAGCAGCAGCUGAUUAGCAGACUCCUGGUGGCUCUUUGUUUGCAGUGACUGGGUCAUCAAUUGAGUCAAACAUGGGUCAAGAUUGGUGUCUGUGAAGCCAGUAGCAAGAGCGUUGGUUGCUGUGGUGGCACCCAGGGCUGUGCAUGAAUACAUUUAAAAUUUGGAUGAUGACCCUUUGCUCACUUUUUAUUGGUGCCAACAUUUCAAAACUUCAUAUUGUUUAUAAGUUUUCGGGGGGUUCUUUGCCCCCUCUGGCUUAUUUCUAUUUUAAUCUCUCAAUACUCAUGGAUGAUGAGAAAUAAGUCUGCCAUCACUAAAGAGAUUUUAAAAAAUAAUGUACCAUUAUUAGAAUAGUAGAGAAUAAAAGAUAAUGUCAUCCAGUGACAAAGGAAUUUGGGAAGUAAUUAUAGUUUAGUGCUAGAGAUGGUAAAAGCUGCAUUUACUUGAACAGUCCAAAAGCUUUAAAGAUUCAUUUCCAAAGGAAUGCUUUAUUAUAGGAAGAGUUUUGAAGCAGUUUUUGCUAAAAAUGAUUUUCUAGAGUCUGUACUAUACUUAUCAGCAGUGUUGGCUGGAAAUGUUCUUGUGAUUUAUGCAAUUAAACUAGACGAUAAAGCUAAAACCAUAUUGCUAUUAUAUAUACACUCAAUCUCACAGCUUAGUAGGCAGUUAGACCUUUUGUUUUAUUCUGAGCAAGAUUUAUGAGUGUCCUAGAAACUUACUAAUUCCUGUUCUUAUAAACUUAGUUAUAUCAAGAGAAAGACUAUGGAGCUGGAGCAGUAGUCCAUCAGGUAGGGCUUAUUUGUGCCUUGCACGCAGCUGACCCGAGUUCGAUCCCCAUUACCCCAUGUUGUUCCCUGAGCCCCACCAGGAGUGAUCCCUGAGUGCAGAGCCAGGAGCAGCUCUGACCACCACUGGAAGUGAUACCAAAACAUGGAAAAAAUGGAAAAGUUCUGAUUUUUUAAAUCUGAAAUAAUAAGUUUAAGGCGUUCGUAUCAUUCAUUUAGUUCUUGGUCACUGGAUGGUUUUCAUUAUUUUUUUUUAAAUGUGAUUGACAACUCUGACCAACCCUUUUUGUUUCUUGUUUAUUCAACAUAGUUGUCCUUUGCAAGAGCAUAUUAAGAAGUGAAUAUGAGAAAAAUAUCUAUCUUAUUGAUAUUAUGCAUACUUGAAAAAAUGUUUCAUUUAGAAACCUAGUUCAGUAUCUGAGCUAAUUUACAAGUGACCUCUGUAAUAACUGGUAUCGAUUGUCAGAGAAUGUAUUUCAGAAUACAGCAGUACAUUAAGAAGCAUGACCACUUUAUUUUCAAACUUAGCAAUUGCAUUUCUGGGAGUUAUUAUAUUUAUAGCAUGUCACUGAAUAUUCCAUUGCUUUUAUAAUGAUUUUUAAAACAUAUCUCUUUUGAAUAAAUAAAUAGUGGCAGUAAUUGCUACUGAUUUGUCCAACCUGUUAGUUGCACUGUAUUUUUAUCAUAUAACCAAGAUACAGUGGAAUGCCCCAUACAGUAUAUUACUGUUAUGUGAUGAUUAACUUUUGAAGCAAUUUGAUACUGAAAUGCUUUGAUAUUCGAAUUGACAUGGAACAAGUUGUUUUCCUGCUCCUCAAAUAGAAUUUUGUAAUCUACUUUGCUAUUUUUUUAAAGUUUGUAAGAAUGCAUCAUUUUUUGGGGAGUGGUCAUCCAUCAGCAAAUAUCCUGAGACUUUGUUUUAUAUAUAUAUAUAUAUGUAUGAAUAGAUAUGUGUAUAUAUAUACACACAUACAUAUAUAUGUAAUACUUACAUUGACUCUAGUGGAAUAAUGCGUAUUUUGAAAGAAGAAAUUUUUCAAUAUUUUUUAUUAUAGAAAUCUCAAAAUCAGCUGAAGCUGGUUUUUAUUACAAAAAGCUAAAGCUUUUGGUCAGAAUGAUAUUUGGUGAUGGAAACUUGUUCAUAAUUUGCUGUUACCGUUGAAUAGUUGAAUUUUCUCAUUUUAAGCUUAAAUAGUUAAAUAUUUUGAUUUGUUCUGUGCCUUCACUUUAAAUUAUUUCUGGAGUUCUCAGAUAUGUUCAAAUAAUGGUGUGAUAAUCGUUCAAGAUGGAAAUAAAAGUCCUCUUUCCAUAA